CUACCGGACAUUUAUAUGUGUCCCUUCCCCGUUCCAGUUAAGUUGAAAUGUAUAUUAAGCUUCGUAGAGUUCCAGCCGAGUGAGUCAAAAAAAAUGGGAUUUCUAGACUUCAAUGGUGAACCGUUGCCGUUUAAGGAAAUACGAACUCAUAUUGAUCAUGUAAAACGUCAUGGAGUGUUGCAAUUCCUGAAUAUUUAUAGACGAGGAAAGGAAAGAAACAAUGAUGAUUUUAAAUGGGGCGACGAGAUCGAGUAUUCGGUUGUACAUUUCGAUGAUGAAGAAAAGAGAGCAAGGCUGAGUUUACGAGCCGAGGAAAUUCUUGCAGCCUUACAAGAGAAAUACAACGAAGCAGAUAUACCGAUUUGUGACCCAAAGUUGCCAGAAGGCGCGAGCUGGGGUUCGCAUUGGAACCCAGAGUUUUCCAGUUUUUGUCUUGAAAAUUCACCUGAUAAGCCUUACCAUGGGAGCUUGGAACAUUUGGCUAACGUGGAAGCGAACAUGAGAUACAGACGAGAACAAAUUAAAGAGUUUUUGAACCCAGACGAAAUGGUUUUAUCUCUUACAGGAUUUCCAAGGCUUGGCUGUCCCGACUUUCUCCACCCUUCAACCGCAGUGCCCAACCCCAUCGAAAACCCGGUGUCGGGUUCAAUAUUUUACCCUGACGCUGCGCUCUCUUGUCACCCAAGAUUCCCGGGAAUGACAGAGAGCAUACGAGAACGAAGAGGUUGCAAAGUUGAAAUUAAUGUUCCAAUUUUUAAAGACGUCAACACAAAGUCACCGUUCAUUGAAGUAUUUAAUGACAACGAGUCAAACACCGCAGCUAAACCAGAUCAUGUAUAUAUGGACGCUACAGGGUUUGGUUUGGGACAAACUUGUUUGCAGUGUACAAUACAAGCCAAGAAUCUGGAUGAGGCAAAACUACUGUAUGAUCAGUUAGCGCCUUGGUGCCCGAUCAUGAUAGCUCUGAGUGCCGCCUCUCCGUUUUACCGAGGAUAUAUUACAGACACCGACACACGUUGGGGCGUCAUCUCGGCGAGUUGUGAUGAUAGAAAUGCAACAGAAAGGUCAACGGAUCUAAAACCACGGCACGGACCAAUGGAGUUAUAUUUAUCACCCCAGUAUCAGAAGUACAACGAUCUUAACUCUAAGAUGAAUAAAGAAGCAAAAAAUACGCUGUUAAAAGGAGGUGUGGAAGAUGGGAUUGCAAACCACAUUGCCCACUUAUGGGUAAGAGAUCCGUUGAAUUUAUAUUCGGGUAGAAUUAAUAUCGACGAUGAGACUGAAGCUGAUCAUUUUGAGUACAUCCAGUCAACAGUCUGGUAUUCCCUGCGUUUCAAACCACCGACACCAGACAACUCCAUUGGUUGGAGGAUUGAGUUUCGUGUUCUUGAUGGUCAAUUAACGGACUUUGAAAACGCUGCGUAUAUUGUGUUUGUUGUUCUACUGACGCGAGUCAUACUUGCUAAGCAUCUUGACUUUACAAUACCAAUGUCGCGUAUAACGACAAACAUGAAGAGAGCGCAAAAGAAAAACGCAGUUCUGUCUGAAUUAUUUUACUCCAGAAAAUGCAUCAAAAACAACAAAGUAGAGAAUGGAAAAAUCAAAGACAGCAGCACCUCAAGACAGAAUGGAUGGGUAGAAGUUGACGAAGAGAUGACGAUAGACAGGUUUAUAAACGGAAAGGAGGGAUUGACGGGCGUGAUACCCGUGAUUCGUGAGUACCUGGAUGAAACAGGAAUUCAAACCAAAGCAAGAAAUGUAAUUGAACGUUAUUUGGAACUUAUCAGUAAACGAGCAAGUGGCGAGUGCCUCACUGCAGCUCAAUGGAAACGACAUUACGUUCGAAGUCACCCAGAUUAUAAACAAGAUUCUGUGGUGUCACAACUAACAGAGUACGAUCUUCUCAAGACAUGCGACAAACUUGAAAAGGGGGAAACUUACGAACACCCGGUGUAUUUGGACGUACCGCACCUAAACCAAAACGGCGCAUGAUGAAAAUCUGCUAGAGUGAAGUCGUACCGUAAAGGCAAGACAUGGAAAUAUAAGCCAGAGUUGGCCUAUUACCCCGACAUUGAAUGCGAGCAUUCAAUUCUUUAUGGGUGAGGUCCUACAGCGAGUAUGUUCUUCGCCGUAGAACCUCAACCAUAUAUAGAAUAUAGAAUACAUCUAGCAUUUAGAAUUAAAGCACAGAUAUUUUUAUCCAUAUAUUUUUAAAUCUUCGUGUUUAUACCUGUGUAUCGUAUUUAAACAUAACCUGACAAUUUUAUUAAUAUUUUUAUAUCAUUUGUAAUAUUUCAUUAUGUAUAGUUAUAUAGUAGAGUGGGAAAUAUGGCACACGAAGAAAUGUAAAACCGUAUCCUCACGACUUCCAUAGACCGUUGUUAAUUGCUUUUAAUUAAAACACGAUCAGGAUAUUUGGAUAUUAUGUGCAAAAGCUGUCCCAUCUUACCCCACAGUAACGCUUACCGUCGUGUGUUUAAUUGUUUGUUUAACUUAUUUUUUACUGCUACUUAUUCUUUUAGGAUUAUUUUUCUUAUAGAUCAAAUUAGAACGAAUAUGAGCAGGCGACAUUUGAACUUUUAUAAACUAGAAAAUUUAUAUCAUACGAUACUAUGUCAUGUUUAUAUAUACCCAUUAAAAAUUAUUUCUAAAGGUUCUGCA